UUUCGGAGACCUGCGCUCGGUGGUUGUUCGGGGAAGGUAACAUCAUGGCGUCGGGAACGGGAGAGUCGUCCAGCGGACACGACGCAGAACUGGACGAAUUACUGGACAGUGCGUUGGAUGACUUUGACAAGACACCUGCCCCUACGGCCCCUGAACCUGCAGCUUCCUCCUCCUCAGCCAACAGUGGUGCAGAGAAGCAACCUCUCCUUGAGGACUGCAAGCUCUUUGAGACUCUAUUCGAGGGGGAAAUGGCUGCUCAAGCCAAGGAGGAGUGGGAGAAGGCCAUGACUGAGCUGGCCCAGGAGGAGCCAGAGUUACUGCAGCACUUCCAAAAGCUUUCAGAGGCUGCUGGCAAAGUCGGCAGUGACACCGCCUCCCAACAAGAAUUCACUUCUUGUCUUAAAGAAACCCUCCGUGGCCUGGCCAAAAAUGCAGACAACCUGCAGACAACAGGACUAGCUGGAGACGAUCUUGUCAAGGCCCUAGAAGGCCUGGGAUUGGAUGAGGGUGGCGAAGGAGGCGGUGAUGAGGGAAACAUCCUGCCCAUCAUGCAGUCCAUCAUGCAGAAUCUUCUCUCCAAGGAAGUGCUUUAUCCAUCUCUCAAAGAGAUCACUACCAAGUACCCAGAGUGGUUGGAAGCAAACAAGCCAAGCCUUAGCCCAGAGGACUGCCAGCGCUAUGAACAGCAGGCCAAGAUCAUGGGAGAGAUCUGUAAGAACUUUGAGAAGGAGGAAGAGGGGGCAGGGGAUAAAGAGAGAACGUUCGAGAGCAUCAUGGACCUGAUGCAACAGCUGCAAGACCUGGGCCAGCCACCCAAAGAGCUAGCAGGUGAUGCGCCUCCUGGAUUUAACUUUGACAUGGAGUCACUCAUUCUCCCUGGAGGACCCGGGGCCGGGGCAGCAGAGCAGUGCUCCAUCAUGUGAUGAGGUAGUGGUGCGGUCCAACAGAAGCACUGGAGCCACUGUGUGCGUCAGCAGUGAAGAAGCAAUAAAGAAGACGGGAGGAAGGGAUGACAGAGUGUGAGGCAAAGGUCAAGCAGGAGUGUGACUUGACCGUCGACACUGUUCUCCCUCAAGUGGAAUCUGUGUGGGUGGCAGCAACAUUAGGAGGAGGCACAAAAAAAACAACAGCAACCGCACCGACACACUCUCUUCACUGUAAAAUCGCUGAACGCACAACUGAGAACAUUUUAACAUCCCCGCAUUAGUACUCCAGCGGAUGCCACAGCUCAUUCAUGGUUUAGUUUUAACAGCAUUCCUUUAAAAAGAAAAUACCACUGCCGUUUUCCACCACGUUUUACAUUCUGUUUAGCCUCAACCACUUCACGGGUAUAAACGGUGCCUUCGCAAAAUGACUUUAAGUUAUUAUUUUAGAUCUCAUAAUAAAGUGAAAAUUCUGCUAUCAUCAGCUAGGCGCUACAGAUUUUAGUUUUAAAGUAGUGUGAAUUUGCAAGAUCAUCUAAGGUUUACACCAAGUGAGUGAUCAUUCUUUGGUAUUUCAUUUAACUUAAAAACACACCUCUGUCUCUGUGCAGGCUGUACAGGAUUUCACUUAACAAGUUAACAAUUUAUUAACGUGUAGAGAAACUGGAAGAAAUGAUGACACAUUUGUUAAUUAUUUAAAGAAUUAAAAAGUCGAGACAGGAUUGAACACCUCGGGACGAGUUUGUUCUCAGCACUUGUAAUUCAGCCAACUAAUUCAACAAGACCAAUCCCCUGAGUGUUAUUCCCCAUUGCCAGGUAUUGACUUGAAAUGAUUGAGUUGAUGAUUCCCGGAUGCCUUUGCUGUGGUUACAGUGAUAUAUAGUGUACGGUUACUGUGCAAAGCGCUGCCCUUGUGAUUCCCACUGUAUUUAAUGUGCAGAGUGGUGUUUUCUUAGGUAUGGGGUCCCUGUUGGGAAAGAAGAACUCGUGGGGUAUUCGGGAGUGUUAACCGCCUGAUGGCAUGUAUGUAUAUCUUCUGUACGCUCCAUUAAAAGUACACAGUGUUCUUUCCAGCAAAGCUGACAGUACUAAACAUCACGUUGUGUCACGUUAGGAGAGAUAAAUGUCUAUAAUUCAUGCAGGUGCACUGUUAGGUAAGGACAUUAACAACCUGUUGUUAGCUCAAUUACUGCUGUGGGUGUUGGGUUUGUUUACGCCAGCGGCCAGUUUUCGGCGGCUGCUAACGCCAGUGGGCAAAAGUUUACUGCUGUCACUACAGAGAGAGGUCUAGAAAUCACACGACCUUUCAGCUCAUCGGUAACUGUAUAAUAAAGGGGUACUACUGUGAAAGGAUUCAGUCAGCCAUGCACUGAAAAGAGAUCAGAUUUACAUCAAACACAGUUGAGGGGAGGCUGCUGUGGAGUACCGUAAAACCCUGUGGUUUUCAUCACGAAGGGGGGGGGUGCAAUCUAUUCAACUCUCAGGGCCGAUGCAAACAUGCCCAGAGCGCCGUUAAAAAAUGCAGCCUGUUAUUUGACACUGUUUUGUUUUUGUUUUGUAAAUAUAUGAAAUAAAAUAUUGAUAUAUUGCAAAUUAA